GCAUUGUGGGUAAUUUUGCUUUCCAAGAUGGCGGCUGGUAGUGUGAGAACUUUUCGUAACUUUUUCAACGGAAAAAGAACUCUAGUCGUUCUCCGUACAGGCUUGAAAUCCAGUAUACCAUGUAUGGCUAUAUUGAAUCGUCCAUAUUGUGACAGCUCUCCCGAAAGUGAUCCUGAUGGCUUGAAAGAACGUUCUCCGACUAUUGUGAGUAGUCCGUUAUUCAGCGGUCAGAAAAUCACGCCGAAAAGAUUCCAGCUAUCAUUUGAAGAGUUCCAGCAGCUGAGGAGAAAGUUGCGCACAAAGCAGAAGCUGGCCGGUUUGCCGAUUGGUGUGACAUUUCUGUUAGCAUCGAGCACCAUCACUGCUUACAUGUUCCCAAAUAUUUUCGAUGCUACUCCGGAGCAGAUUGAACCGAUAUUAGGAAUGGACCCAAUAAUUUUCUGUGGUUUGUGUGGCGUGGCCAGUGCUGGUGUUGGGUUUGCUGCUGGAACUGUGGCAUUUAAAUCAGUUUGGAGGUUGUUUAACAAGGACUUGGCCCAAAAUAUGCAAGAGCGUGAAGCUGAUUUCUUGGAAAGGGUAGCAGCCAGAAGAGCUUCAUCAAACAGUAAAUUUGAAGAUGACUAUUAUGGGGAAAGUAUUAAGAAUGUUAGUGACUACAGGCAGUGGCUAAGAGAGCAACAGAAAAAACAAAAUAUCACGGAUAAAUACGAAAACAAGGAACAAUCUAAAGAACUUAAAACAGAAGCUGCUUGAAUGACAACAAAAGAAUCAGGAAAGUUCUCUGAGAACUGUUGAAUAUCCCCAAAAUCAUUGACAGAUGAAUAUUCCUCCAUUGCCUUCUUUAAGGGAAUCCACAAGAUAGUCAGUGAGGUGUUCUGUGUAGUUCACCUUUAGAGUAAUUUGUAUGACAAGAUAUUUAGGGCUCCAUUGCAUGUAUGUCAUCCAAGGACUUUGUUUGUGACAGUAUUUUAUUGCUUCAAAAAUAAAAAGCACAUGUUUAUUGAGGAGAAUAAUGAUGAGGACAAAAUGGAGGACUGUACAUUAUUUCUAAGUUUUUUUUUCCGCAAUCCGUUGAUAACAGUUGAAAAUUGAUCUGCAUUGUAGGUUAUUAUGUUCUGGGUACUAUGAAUCCAAAAAUUACCGACACCGCGUUAAAAAAUCAAUUUAUUUUAUUAAACUUUUGCCACUGUGAAAUGUUAUUGUAAUGUUUGAAGUGUCUGCCUCGUAUAUUACAAAAAUUCAUGAAUUGUA